AUGAACAUUUUGGAAAAUAAAAACGAUUUACAUACAGAACAAUUAUCUGCUAAAGUUUCUCGAUUGAAAAAUAUUGCAAUUGAUAUUGAUAAUGAAACCAAAGAACACAAUCGUUUUCUUGAAUCAAUGCGUUUCGAUUUUGAUACAGCACGGAGCUUUCUUGGUGGAAGUUCUCGUCAUUUAGGUAAUGUUAUGUCAAGUGGAAAAGGUGAUCGACGAUGUAUGUGUUAUGUUAUUGGUGGAGUUGUGUUCGCUUUCUUUUUUCUAUAUUAUGUUGUAAACUCAUUCCGAAGUAAAAUGAAGUUAAUCACACAUAAUAUUCUUACAUCGAAUAUACUCAAAGGUAUAACGAAAGGUUUUCCAUUAAAAAUUAAUGCUAUUAAAAUUGAAAAUGUAUCAGUGGAUUAUAAUCGAGAUUUUAUUACUCGUAUUCUUCGACGUAUUGAAUAUGAUGCUUUACGAAGAGCUGUGACAGAUCUUGAUUUGAAUGAAUUAUUACCAGAGACAAUGCCAGAAACAAUUCAACAUGAUGAUGAAUUUCUUAGAAAAAUGCAUAGAAUUUUGCUUGAAUAUGAAGUUGAAGAAGGUGAACUUAUUUGUCCUGAAACUGGUCGCAAAUUUCCAAUUUUAAAAGGUAUUCCAAAUAUGUUAUUACAAGAAAUUGAAAUAUUAUGA